AAAUUAACUUCGAUCCUCGUCUACAUUUAGUGCAGCCAUUUUGUUUUGAUGUGCAAACCCAACGAAAGGUCUCAAGUAUGUUUAUGAUUGAAUGGAUUACCAACAUCCUAAAUUUUAUGGGUUUGUAUAAAAAAUCUGGCAAACUCGUAUUUCUUGGCCUGGACAAUGCUGGAAAGACUACAUUAUUACACAUGCUCAAAGAUGAGCGAAUGGCACAACAUGUACCAACAUUACAUCCCACGUCUGAAGAGUUAACAAUGGGUGGCAUGAGAUUUACAACAUUCGAUUUAGGAGGACAUCAACAAGUUAGACGAGUUUGGAAAGAUUAUUUCCCAGCAGUGGAUGGUAUUGUAUUUCUUGUUGAUGUUUGUGAUAAGGAGAGGUUCAUUGAAGCAAAAGCUGAAUUGGAUAGUCUGCUGACAGAUGAACAAGUUGCUAAUGCUCCUAUUUUAAUUCUUGGUAAUAAAAUUGAUAAAGCUGGAGCUGCCAGUGAAGAUGAAAUUCGCAUUAGUUUUGGAUUACAUGCUCAAACAACAGGAAAGGGUACUAGCCCCCGCAGUGAGUUGCAUGGCCGACCUAUGGAACUGUUUAUGUGCAGCAUCCUAAAACGACAAGGCUAUGGAGAGGGCUUUCGGUGGAUGGCCCAAUAUAUUAAAUGACUUGUGUUUACUUUAGUUGGAAGUGGACUUCAAAUAAUUAGCCUGUGAAAAAAAAAAAGAAAAUGACAAUUAAACAGGGAUUUUGUUUGACAACAGACUGAUUCUAGGUGCAUGAUUGAAAAAAAAUACUAUUCACCCUCCAUUUCAUAACAUGACAGACUCUGACACUGACAGAUUUUCCUGAAAUUUCCCUUCUAACUAUUUGUUUUAAGUUGCGAUGACAACUGGAAAUAUGCUAAUGUUUUGAUUGGCUGGUGAUGGUUGUCCACUCAUUUGCCAUGUAGUUGUUCUUUUCUAACAAAACAUCAGAAUUAAAUUAAAAUUUAUAAAUUACAAUGCUUUUAAUGCAUUGUUAUUUCUCUAACAGAAUUUAUGGGAUUUUUAAAAAGUUUUUUUUUUAACUAAUUAAAGAACUUAGUUUAAAAUCUAAUUUAGCAAAGUUAAUGCACUUUUUUCCUCCUUUUUUCCCUCACAAUUUUAUAAUUAAUUGUGGCUUCAUCUGAUGUUAAAAAUUUCUAUAUUUGCUAAUAUCAUAGGUUUUCUUUGAAAUACAAAUCAAUUUCUUACUCAUUAUCUUUGUUAUGGGUAUUUUUUUUAAUUUGAAAUUUGGUUAUUCCUUCAACCCUUGCAUUAAUUAUUCCAAAGUUGUUUAUUUUUCAAAUGAAUAUAUAUUUAUGUGUUAAUGAUUUUUAAUCUUAACUUCCAAGAAACUUCUCCGCUGAGAUCUGAAUUUAAGUUAACAUUGAGAACUGUAUUGUACUUUCCUCUUUUUCUAAACAAUUCAAUUAUAAAUUUAGCAAAUUUCGUUUUGAUUAGAGCAAUUUCCAAUUCUCACAUUGCUUAUUUUCAUUUUGUCGUGUGAAAGUGCCUUUGCCAAACUGAAUUGACUAAGAAUGUUGAUUAUGCUCUGCUCAAUGUUUUGACAUGCAACAUAGCACCUCUUAAAGAAGGUGCAUCUGGUUGACAAAACAACAAUGAAUUCGUAUCAAGUGUCUUUUGUAUGGCUCUUAAUUUGUCAAGCAAUCCAAUGCAAAUAUCAUGUGAUCUUCAAAGGAAGAAAGUAUCAGUGUAAAUCUCUUGAGCUAUUUUCUAGAAACUAUUUUUCUUCCUCUUUGAGAACUAUGAAUUGCUCAAGUGUCUGUUCGGAUGUAAAUUUAUGUAGUUAUCUGUAUUCUUUGAUGGAUUUAAAGAAAAAAAAUUGAGCAAAUCUGGAUCUUCAGUAAUAAUUUGUUUUGUGGAAAUUAAAGCUAUGUUGUGCACAUUCUAAGAGAUUCUAAUGAAAAGUCAACAAAGAUUCUAUUUGACUGCUGGCACAAAUACAAUGGGAGAUUCACUCAUUUCUUGAGCGAUGUGUGGAAGAAGUUAUUUUUGUUUCAGUAAGUACUAAUAGCUAAAUCAAACCAAUUUAGGCUUCAAGAUAUAUAUCUCUACAUCUCAGUACAUUUGUUUCUUUAAUAUAUGAUCUGCAUAGUUACUAAUCUUUAUUUAUUUUUUUUUUUUUUAAACUUUUAGUGUGAUUAUUUGAGUAAAAUUUUAGGAUACUAUAAAAAAAAUUAACUUUCUUUGCGUAAUAAAUCAUUUAUAUAUAUAAUAUAUAUGUGAAUGGUUAUUACAAUUGAGAUUGAAAUGGGAUGGUAACAUACUCAUUUCCUUCCUGAAUGCUCAUCUAAAUUUUAUAAUUUGUUAAUUCUUGAAAUGUAAUUAUCUUGAAGUGAGUUUUUCCCCCCCCUUCUUUAAAUAUUAACUUCGUCUACAGUGUAUUUUCCUGCUAAAUGGGGAAAAAUUACAUUCGAAAGGAAUUAAAGUUGAUUAUUGUUUAAAAA